GAACCCAGCGGAGAGACAGGAGCUGCGGCAGGACGGAAAGAGGAGGUAGGGGGUCCUCAGUCCAGCAGAAAGGCUUCCAUGUCUUCUCCCUGGACCUCUCCAAUGUUCACCCCUUGAACAUCAGACUCUGAGGUGGCUCCACCAGGUGGCUGAUGAGAUAUGUUGUUACCGCUGCCAUAUUGCAUCUCCAUCCCAAUUCCCUUGCUUGGAAGUGUACUUUGCCAGGCUGCCAAGAACCUUGCACUUACCACUCUCUCCCAAAAUACAUCAUCCAGGAGGAUCCUCUUGAUGGGGCUGUUCAUAUCGGCAGACUGAUAUAGCCAUUUCUUGGAGAGACUCCUUCCCCUCCAGGAGACUGUCAAACAUGAUGACAACACCACUCCAGCGGGUGUUGCUGGGUAGCUUUAAUGUGGUGCUCUUAUUCUUCUCACUUUGCUUGGUGAGGUAGAUUGCUGCUAUAACUUGAUUACCCUUCACAUACCUAACCAUUUCCUUGGCGCUCUUGUGGAGUGUAUCCAUUGUUUUCAGUGCCAUAAUGUCCUUGAGGAGCAGAUUCAAUUCAUGAGCAGAACAGACGAUGGGUGUUAUGUGAGGGUAGGACUCCUCCACUUUAGACCAAGCAACCUUCAUGUUCACAGCCUUGUCUGUCACCAGUGCAAAUACCUUCUGUGGUCCAAGGUCAUUGAUGACUUCCUUCAGCUCAUCUGCAAUGUAGAGACCGGUGUGUCUGUUGUCCCUUGUGUCUGUGCUCUUGUAGAAUACUGGUUGAGGGAUGGAGAUGAUGUACUUAAUUAUUCCUUGCCCACGAACAUUUAACUACCCAUCAGAGAUGAUUGCAAUACAGUCUGCUUUCUCUAUGAUUUGCUUGACCUUCACUUGAACUCUGUUGAAUUCUGCAUCCAGCACAUUAGUAGAUAAAGCAUGUCUGGUUCAAUGGGUUUAUGCUGAGCGAAGAACAUUCAGAAAUCUCUUCUAAUACACAUUUCCUGUGAGCAUCAGUGGUGAACCAGUUGCAUACACAGCUCAAGCAAGACAUUCAUCAGUAUUUCUCUGACUACAUUCCUCCAUUGAGUCAAAAAAAACUUCUGAUUCCAGGAGGACCCUGAGCUGUUGUUAUCGAUAAGAUGUCUGAUUCAUAAUUUAAAACUCAAAUAGAAGUAGAGAGACUUUUGUCAGAGGUUGCUUGUUGUGAGCGCUAAGGGAACUUUAUGCACUUGGCCAGAUGAUUCUGCAUCUUUGAAUUCUUCACAUGAUUUGGCACAGUAUUUGCAAAUGUACACAGCUUUUCCUUCUACAUUAGCUGCCGUGAAAUGUAUCCACACGUCAGAUAGUGCCCGUGGCAUUUUCCUGUAUAGAUCAGAAGAAAGUGAGUAAAACUUUUUUUUUUAUAUAAAGUUCCAUGUACAGAUAAAUAGUUAAGCAGUUAGAUUAAACGACUCCUUUCUAAGAUGCAUGUUUUAAAAUGAAACAUGUAUGGAAACAGGUGAAUUAACACUCCUCAGUUAGCAGGCUCAAGCAAGCUAAAACCCACAACUGAGAGUCAUUGCAUAUGGCUCCCGCACUCUGACACAAGCAGAGAGAAACUAUCACCUUCACCCGGGGAAACUGGAAUUCUUGUCCCUCAAAUGGACAGUGACUAAGCAGUUCCGAGGUGACCUCUUUGACCCCUUGAUAUAUAUAUAUACUAACUACAGCAAGACUGAAUGCCACCGGUCAUCGCUGGGUGGCGGAGCUAUCUGACUUUAAUCCCACACUGAAGUAUCGUCCUGAAAAUGUAAACACUGACGCAGACUUUGUCACGUUCUUCUUUGCUUGCUGAACAUUAAAUGGAAGAAUGCACCGAGAAACACUCACCUGAGACGGUAAAAGCAACACUCAAUAUUGUUCAGACACAACAGAAUGACUGUGUAACUUGGAUAUCCACAGUCACACUAAGGCCAUCAGUGCAAGAGGAGCUGUUAAGGUGAGUGGGAACAGUUACAGACCGACUGUCUCCACACGAUCUCAUGCAGGCUCAGUUAAAGGAUGCAGCUGUAUGGUGAAUCUUGGAACUGAAAAGGCAAAGGACUAAGACAAAACCAACAAUGUCAACAAAAUUCAUGCUAAGUCAGUUACUGCAAGAGUGUAACAGGCUCCAUGUCUCACCAGAGGUAUUAUUACAAAGGGAAACAGCAGAAAGGACACAAUUUGUGGUACCAAGUCAGUACAGAACACUAAAUGACAAGUACUUAGGCACUGAAAUGGCCCAUCUAGGAACAGAAAGAGUGUUGAACAUAUUAACACAAACACUUUUAUUGGCCACGCAUGCAACAUGGCAUUGAACAAUUUAUCACUAAAGUGUGUAUCAAACAAAAUAGACCCUGUGUAAUAACUAAGACUCCAAUGCAACAUGUACGGGCUACAGGUCCUUUCCAGAUUUCAAUUGACUGCGUUUGGAGAAGAGCAGAGGGUGCUAUGAGUACAUUUGAGUUAUUUUAGAUAACUUUACAAAAUAUGCACAUGCCAACCCCACCAGAAAUAAGUCAGGGAAAACUGCAGCAAAAAAGCUUUUCGAGGACUUUUUCCUGAAGUUUUUGGCUUUUUCAUAAACCAUCAUGAUCAGGGAAGAGAGUUUGAAAAUCAGUUCUUCAGGGCCUUCCAGAACCUCUCCAUAUUAUCCACAGGGGAAUCCGGUGGAGAGAUUUAACCGUACACUAAGGUCAUUCAUGCAUAUAUUGUACCACAAGUGAAGCUACUGGAUUCGCACCACAUUUCCUGCUAUUUGGAAGGGCUCCACUGCUACCUAUUGACCCUUUCUUUGGGUUACAGAUAAAGGAACAGGAGAAAUCAUGCUAAGAAGUUGCAGCAACAGAUGGCGGAAUACUAUGAUAUCGCCAUAAGAAACAUGGAGAAAUCAACAGCAAAGUUAAAAGCCUACUACGAUCGGAAUAAAAUGAGUUUGGUUCUGUUCUCAGGGGAUCAUGUCAGAACGUGGGGCACCGGGAAAGCUAAGAUCACACUGGGAGGACCAAAUACACAUGGUAGUAACAAGGAAAGGUGACUGCCCUGUCUAGGAGGUCAAACCCGAGAGAGGUACAGACAGGGCCUGGGUUUUGCGUUGCAAUAUGCUCUUGUCAGGUAAUUCUCUACCAUUUGAGGAACCAUUUCAAGCACCACGUAGUCUGUGGAGAAGGGAACCGCCCCAGCGUAGAGGUCUGUGGAGAAGGGAACCGCCCCAGCGUAGAGGUCUGUGGAGAAGGGAACCGCCCCAGCGUAGAGGUCUGUGGAGAAGGGAACCGCCCCAGCGUAGAGGUCUGUGGAGAAAGGAACCGCCCCAGCGUAGAGGUCUGUGGAGAAGGGAACCGCCCCAGCGUAGAGGUCUGUGGAGAAGGGAACCGCCCCAGCGUAGAGGUCUGUGGAGAAGGGAAAUGCUGAGAGCGCCGAGUCAGAGCUCAGAUGAGGAUUCUUAUCCAGUAUUCAUCAACAGGCCACUUAUGGAUGACGAGAGCAGACAGAGUAGCACACAGCUGGUAUCCGAUAAUAGUGAGGAACAGGAUCAGACUGAUAGAAACUUCACUGUGAAGGAGUGCCAACCUGUCCUCAGGGAGACCCACGAAGAGGACAGGGGGUUCAGCCUGGCAGAGGAGGCCCAGAGACAUCCUAACCUAUAACAAUUUAGUGCUGCCAAGCUCUUAUCAGGAUACGAACAAGAGAUUAUCUUAUUAUUAAUGAACAGUACCUUUCGCUUUGGAGUUUAUAUUGAAAGAGUAAAAUAAACGUUUGUUGUAGCCGUUAAUGAGCUUGCUGCACCCGCUACUGAGAAUUUUGACAAUUUUUCAGCAGCAAACUGCUCUAACUCUUCAAUGUUUGAGGGGUGCCCUCCACCAACUGCUUUUUUCAUCUUUUGGUUUUGGAUGUGAUUCAGAUCUGGACCCCAGAACAGUCCAGCAUCUCUUGUUAACCAUUCCUGGUUGCUUUUUGAUGUGUGUUUGGGGUCGUUCUCCUGCUGGAAGAUCUACAACCUUUAAUGAAGAUCCAGUUUUGGACACUGUGCUGAACAUUGGACUCAAACAGCUGGUAAUCUUCUGAUUUCAUGAUGCCUUGUGCACAUUCAAGACAUCCAGUAUCAGAGGCAGUAAAGCAACCUCACAGCAUUAUCAUACCUCCCCCAUCUUUUAUUCUUAUUCUAGGGAGUUGUUUUAUUUUCACUUAAUUUGGUCGUAAGUAAACACAACACUCAUCUGUAUUGCCAAAUAGCUAUAAUUUUGUUUUAUUAGUCCAUAGUACAUCAUUUGUCUCCCAUGUCAACGAAAACAUCCAUUCUCUUGUUCAGUUCACAGGCAUGCUACCUGUGCUCCCUCUAGAAGUCCUGGAGGAGAUGCUCCUAAAUGUCCCUCCACAGCAGGUGGUGUGUGUCUGUCGACUUGUGUGUCGUGAGUGGAAAGAAGUGGUGGACAGUGAUUCCCUUUGGAGAGAGAGGUGUCGAAGAGAAGGAUACCAGACAGAUGUGACUAAACUACCUAAAGACUGGCGUUUGUUUUACUUCUUGUGUAAGAAGAGACGUAAUCUUCUCAAGAACCCCAGAGCAGAUGAUAAAUUCAAGGGCUGGCAAAUUAUGGAGAAUGGAGGGGAUAAAUGGAAAAUAGAGUCAGUGGAAGAAGUGCCGCUUCCUGACAACACUGUCCAAAAGUACUUUGCGACUUCUUACUCGACCUGCAGGAAGUCUCAGCUGAUUGACUUGGAGAAAGAGGGUUACAGGCCUUCUUUCAUGGAUGACUUUCAACCCGACAUCAUUAUAUCCGACUGGUAUGCUCCACGGAGGGAAUGUGGCGCAAAAUAUGAGAUCUGUGUUGAGUUGCUAAAUCAUAAGAAGCAGCCAAUUAAGAAGUUUAGUCCAGGAACUGUCAUCUUUCAAAACUGGGAUGAUCAUAAAUGGAAUCAGAUGACUCAUGUGUUCAAGAAUUAUGGACCAGGUGUGCGGUACAUCCGAUUCAUUCAUGGAGGAAAGGAUACUCUGUACUGGGCUGGCUGGUAUGGAAUUCGGGUCACCAACAGUAGCAUCGAGAUCUGCCCAUCGGUGGACAGAUAGCUUUCGGUGUUCCCAUUUACUCUCCCAAGAGGUUACAUGUGAACAUUGUGCCUACCUGCAAGCUUUACUUUAGCAUCUGUACCUAAGCAUAGGGUACACCUUGUUCUGUCUUUUCUGCCUUUGGCACCCUGUUUCCAUGUGGAUAUAGACGAUUCUAGCUGUAGAAUAUAUAAUUUUUUAUAUAUUAAUAUUAAUUUUCCCCUAGUCUGAUUUAGUGCCUGUUUUUGUCCACUCUGUUCUAGUGAGUCCUUGUGGACACUGUAGAGAGAAACAGAAGACAAGAACGUGUUCCUCAGUCUUGUCUUUCAGUGAUGGGGUUAGAGUAUUUUGUAUUUUAAACCGUAAGAAGGAUAUAGCCACAUUUGUAGUAAGAAAACAGAAAGCACUGUUUAUUACAACCACAUCUAACUGCUGUCGUCAAGGGAAAGGGUGGCUACUUUGAAGAAUCUCUACAUAUAGUUUGAUUUAAUACUUUUUUUGGUAAUUACAUGAUUACAUGUUAUUUCAUAGUUUUGAUGUCUACUAUUAUUCUACAAUGCAGAAAAUAAAGAAACCCUGGAAUGAGGUGUCACCUUUUGACUGGUAAUGUACAGUUGAAGUCGGAAGUUUACAUACACUUAUGUUGGAGUCAUUAAAACUCGUUAUUUUUUAAUAUUUUUUAAUUUUAUUUUUUCUCCCCAAUUUCGUGGUGUCCAAUUGGUAGUAGUUGCUGUCCUAUCGCUGCAACUCCCGUACACCUCAGGAGAGGCGAAGGUCGAGAGCCAUGCUUCCUCCAAAACACAACCCAACCAAGCCGCACUGCUUCUUUUUUUGUGUCUAAAAAAAUAUAUAAUUUGCCCUUUUUCUCCCCAAUUUUGUGGCAUCCAAUUGUUUUUCGUAGCUACUAUCUUGUCUCAUCGCUACAACUCUCGUACGGGCUCGGGAGAGACGAAGGUUGAAAGUCAUGCGUCCUCCGAUACACAACCCAACCAAGCCGCACUGCUUCUUAACACAGCGCGCAUCCAACCCGGAAGCCAUCCGCACCAAUGUGUCGGAGGAAAAACCGUACACCAAGCAACCUGGUCAGCGUGCACUGCUCCCGGCCCGUCACAGGAGUCGUUAGUACUAGAUGAGAUAAGGAUAUCUCUGCCGGCCAAACCCUCCCUAACCUGGAUGGCUGCGACAGCCUGGACUCGAACUCAGAAUCUCUGGUGGCACAGCUAGCACUGCGAUGCAGUGCCUUAGAACCCAGGAGGCCUUAAAUCUCGUUUUUCAACAAUCCCACACAUUUCUUGAUAACAAACUAUAGUUUUGGCAAGUCGGAUAGGACAUCUACUUUGUACAUGACACAGAUCAUUUUUCCAACAAUUGUUUACAGAAAGAUUUUUUCACUUACAAUUCACUGUAUCACAAUUCCAGUGGGUCAGAUGUUUACAUACACUAUGUUGACUGUGCCUUCAAACAGCUUGGAAAAUUCCAGAAAAUGUCAUCCCAACACCAUCCCAACCGUGAAGAACAGGGGUGGCAGCAUCAUGUUGUGGGGGUGCUUUGCUGCAGGAGGGACUGGUGCACUUCACAAUAUAGAUGGCACCAUGAGGAAGGAAAAUGAUGUGGAUAUAUUGAAGCAACAUCUCAAGACAUCAGUCAGGAAGUUAAAGCUUGGUCGCAAAUGGGUCUACCAAAUGGACAAUGACCCCAAGCAUACUUCCAAAGUUGUGGCAAAAUGGCUUAAGGACAACAAAGUCAAGGUAUUGGUUUGGCCUUCACAAAGCCCUGACCUCAAUCCUAUAGAAAAGUUGUGGGCAGAACUGAAAAAGCGCGUGCGCUCUAGGAGGCCUACAAACCUGACUCGGUUACACCAGCUCUGUCAGGAGCUUAUUGUGGAAGGCCACCUGGAACAUUUGACCCAAGUUCAACAAUUUCAAGGCAAUGCUACCAAAUACUGAGUAUGUAAACUUCUGACCCACUGGGAAUGUGAUAAAAGAAAUAGUGAAAUAAAUCAUUCUCUCUUAUUCUGACAUUUCAAAUUCUUAAAAUAAAGUGGUGAUCCUAAUUGACUUAAGACAGGGUAUUUAUACUCUGAUUAAAUGUCAGGAAAUGUGAAAAACUUAGUUAAAUAUAUUUGGCUAUGUAAACUCCCGACUUCAACUGUAGGUGAAUUAGACAAGGAUUUCAUUUUUAAUAAAAAGACUGCAUGGAGGCUUUAAACAAGGCAGGCCGACCAAAGGAAAGAAAGCAAAGUGAACUUGAAUGUACAUAACCAUCUGACAAAGGACACCUUAAGAAACAUAGUUAACACUUUUGUAAACAUAUUUUAUUUGUUAACAUGUACAGUAUAUAUUGAGGAUACACAGAACAUGGUGCACUACCUUACUAUAUGUAUGAAGAUCAUUAUUUCAAGUGUUGGUAUAACUGUUUGUAAAACUAAUACUUUUCAAUUCAAUAAUAUAAUGUAGGCUAAUUUGGUUGUACUGCAAUCCUGUCGAGAUUGCUUCUUAUGCCUUUACAAUAUUAAAUAAAUGUAAGUGUACUGUC